AUGGGGCUGGAGAAGAGCCGAGCCGGAGAGGAGGAAGGAGAGGAAGAGACCAUGGUAUCCUCUGGUCUUCUCCCGCUCGCAGUGGCCUCCCAACAGCCAUACGUCUCGGAGCUGCUUUCAUUCACCCUCGACCGUCUUCACAAGGUACAGCUCCCCCCGUCUCUCCUGUCUUUCCGCCCGAAAUUCCGGUGAUGCAAUUGCUCAUUUGGCUAGAAAAUCCUGGUGACCGUUGUAGGAGCCGGAGCUCCUUCGGGUGGACGCCGAACGCAUCAGGAGGCAGAUGCAGGAAGUGGCCGUGGGAAACUACCGUGCCUUUGUUGCGGCAGAUGAUGCUUUGUCAGCUUGUCGUGAGCAAUUGGUGUCUAUCGGCCGGCACCUCGACUCCAUGGUACCGUUUUUCUUUUCUUGUUUCUUAUCGUUUUUCUCUCUUUCCCUCGAUAUUUACUAGUCUUUCUGUCGAUAUUCAGUUCUCCAAUGGUUCUUCAUGAGUUGCUUCUCUAAGGAACUGACCUAAUGCUUUGGUUGCUGGAGGACCAUGGCUAUUAUCUUCAGCUCCCAGUAGUCAACAAACCAAAUAAUGUGCGCCACGCGAUAUAGUUUUAAAACCGCCGAAUCUAUUUUCCACGUAAAAUGUGAAAUACGAUAAAAUGAAAGUGGUUGGAAGAGGCAAGUCGAGAAAUUUGUUUACACAGAAACAUUAAGCUUGAGCCUCUUUGUAAAUAUAUUCAAUUUUCCCUUACCUGUUACAUUGACAUGAAUGGGCAUUCUUCUCUCGACUUCUGGUUCUCCUAUUCACUGCUCGUAAAUCCCUGUUAUCUAAAGUCUUCCAGAAUGGUUAUUUACUUCUCUUAUGUAAAACUUACAUUUCUAUCAUUUGUACAUUUCAGAUAAAUGAAAUUCCCAAGCUCUCAUCUGGGUGCACUGAGUUCCUUGACUCCGCUCAGGAGAUAUUAGAGGAAAGGAAAACUAAUCAGGCAUUACUGGCUAAUCACAGUACCUUGCUUGACUUACUUGAAAUUCCUCAGUUAAUGGACACGUAUGUACUCUUUCCUUCAUAAUUGGUAAAUGGCUCUUGGUCCCCAUUGUCUGCGCCAUUAGACAUUCCUUUAUGAAUUAUCGAUGUACUGAAUGCUAUCACGCAAAAGUUUGACUAAUGUGUGCCUCAUUUCAUAAUAUUUAUCCUACUGACCAGUCUAGGAUUAUUGGUCUCUCGUGCUUACGUGACUAAGCUGCAUAAUGAUGAUGGCUAGCUUUGAAAAAACAAGCUUCCUGUAAUGUCUAUUUCUAAAUAAGUUUUCUUGCCAAUCUGUGAUCUGCACUAGAUGAAUUUAAAAUUUGGAUUUAUUGCUUUAAGUGAUUUCAAUUUCUGACGGCAUUUUUUGUUAACAUUUUCGUUAUAAAAUUUAAAUCAUAAGUAACUCAAAAAUGGUUCAGUUUUUUUUAUAUGAAAAAAUUAUUUGAUUGAUUUAAAAUAGGUGGUUGGAGUAAGUAUAUAUUCGUAAAAUAGAGAUAGUAUGUUAUUAGUGGUGUACAUCCAUGUAGCUGCAUCAUUAUAGAAUUGUUUCUUGACUUUCUAGAUGGCAUCUUAAUCAGCUGAUUCUAAUGUGCAUGUAAGAAAUAUGAAAUAGGAAAGGAGGUGUUCAUUUGUAGCAUUUUAUUUCCUAGAAAUCAGUUUAACUGCACGGCAAUCUGUCAAUUUUAAUGUGCACCCAGCAACCAGAUAAGUGUCUCUAGCCAACACAGGUGUGUUUGUUUGCUGGUUGAAAAACAUUCUGCAGUCAUCGAAAAGAGAAAUCAAAUGUAUUCACGGAAUCACUUAAUCUCACAUCAAGUUCAUGCUUAACAACAGAUCCUGAAAAAAAUGCAUUAAAGUUUAACUCAAGCCCUUCCUUUAUUCCAUUUCUAUGAUGACUGGUGAAUACCCUCUGUAUUUUCCUUUCUAAAACCUUGCUUUAUAGUUUAUUUCUUUUCGUUGAAAUCUGUUAUCUGAUAGAUGGAAUUUUGUGUCAUGCAGGUGCAUACGCAAUGGAAAUUAUGAUGAGGCCCUUGAUUUAGAAGCCUUUGUUUUGAGACUGUCAAAAGUGCAUUCUGAGUAAGCUGAUGCUUGUUUCUGUUGGCUAUACCUGGUGUCGGCUUAUCACGAGCCCUUUUUAAUGUCUCUCUUAAUAACACUGUUAUUGUCUUGUUUGUCGGAUCAAGAUUACCUGUUAUUCAGGCACUGGCAGCAGAAGUCAGGCAUACCACUCAGGCAAUGCUUUCACAACUUCUUCAGAAACUUCGAUCAAACAUUCAGGUAUUGACAAUAUAGGGGGUGUCCUCAUUGGCUAAUAAAUGUAAAAUACGCCUUAACUUAAAUUUAUCUUCAUUCUCCUCAGUUACCAGAGUGUCUUCGCAUUGUUGCACAUCUUCGUCGUGUAGGAGUCUUCAGUGAAUCUGAGAUGCGCUUACAGGUUCAGUAUUUCUUUAAGGAUUUCAGUGUUCAAUUAUAUUGUAUUGAAUAAAAUUUAUGGUCUAAAUAUUUUAUCCACAUAUAAAUAUGAAGAGAGCUUUUUUUUUUGCAUAAUCAUAUCUAAAUGGAAACUAGGUUAUCUAGUUUGCUUUCAAGUUUUUUAUAGCAUGUUAGACGACUGGCUGCUGUAAUAUUUAACAAUCUGUUCGUUUCCUCGAUUUUUUUGUCAAAAACUUUGGGAGAUGGACAGGUUUGCUAUUUUUUUCUCUGUAAAAUGAAUACUCUCAGAGGAUUCACGUUAACUCAUCGUAUAGGAUGGAUUGAUCCAAUAUCUCUUAACUAAUUUGAUCAGAUCGGUGAACCAGGCUCUGACAUAUCAUAUUUCUUUGUGUUACCCGCGUAAAUCGUUUUUUUCAAAGUUUUGACUCAGGCUCAGUAAUGGUCAGUUUCUUUAAAAUUGAAAUUUCGAUGUGAAUGUCAGUGCAUAUAAGACUUUGAAAAUGAAUUGUUACUUGGUUGGGCGUCUCUUCCUUCCCAACGUUACCAAUUGAGAUCGUCCUCAUAAAGUGAAAGGUAUAUAUGUUUCAUUCAGUAAGAGCCAAUUUGUCGGCUAAAUGUAGUCAAUUAUAUAUUUUUAAUUAAAAAUCCAAUAAAAGGGGAUAUUCUUGGACUGAAAAUAAAUUGUCGAGUCCUGAAAUUUUCUUUUCCAAUCACAGUGAUAGUCUGACUUUUAUCUGGCUUUGGUGCUUUUUUUCUAGCAUUAGGUUAACAUAUUGAAUUUUUUCCAGUUUUUGAGGUGUAGAGAAGCAUGGCUUGCAGCUAUUCUUGAUGACUUGGAUCAGAGAAAUGCCUAUGAGUACCUCAAGGGGAUGGUAAAUUGCCACAGGAUGCAUCUUUUUGAUGUUGUCAAUCAAUAUCGUGCAAUAUUCAACAAUGACAAAUCUGGCAAUGAGGAGAACUAUGAUGGCGGACUUCUUUUCAGUUGGGCUAUGCAUCAAAUUAACACUCACCUGAGCACACUGGAAGCCAUGCUUCCCAAGAUUGCUGACGGUGGGGCACUGUCAAAUAUCCUUGACCAAUGUAUGGUAAGUACAUCACUGACGAAUAUUGCGUUUCAACUAUGCUUUGAACGGGAAUCAGCAGAGUUCGUAUCAAGCUUAGUGUUUUGAUGCUAGGAUUUUGUCACAAAGAUCACUGGCCUCCAUAAUCUCAGCUUUCUUUACGUCUUUGGUGUUUUCAUAUGUUUCAUUUCGAUCAUUUCGCAUGUUCCCUGUUAUCUUCUCGCCUCCCCGACGAAGUAUUUCUGAAUCUGGUAGUGAUUUCACGAUUCAGGAUUUUUGUAUAUGCUUGCUUCUGUGGAUUUUAGUGUUGUAGAUUUUCAUUGCUUGUGCUACAGUUUACACUGAGUAGUUUCGCUGAUCAUCCCUACCUUGUGGUGUUUUAUUCUUCUUAUUGCUAUCGAUGGUCUUGAUUCCAUUUUCUCUCUUACGUUGAACCUUUUGUGCUACUUUUUCUAGUACUGUGCAAUGGGUCUUGGUCUGGUUGGGUUGGACUUCCGGGGCCUUCUGCUACCACUAUUUGAAGAGUAAAUAAGUUUCUCCCUUUUUACGCUAUAGCACAUAAUCUGUUUACAUGUUUUAUUUGGUCUUCUUGGCUGACAUUUGGACACUUCAGUGCAGUGCUUAAUUUAUUCUCCAGGAACAUGGACAUGGCAGUCAAAAACUUCCAGGUACAGAAUCUAUGAGAAAGGAUCAUCAAUUUUAGAUGUUCAUUUCUAUUAUGUUUUGGGAAGGAAGAUCUCUUUAUAAAGAAUAUUACACAAACGCACAACUUUUUGGCUUGUUCUUCUUCUAAGGCACAAUGUCCUUUACUAUUACUAUUGUUCCCACCUUAGAAAUUGACGAGUUAGUCACUUCUGUCAGGAGGCAUUGAGUUCACAUCAUUGGGUUCCUUUGCCAGCUGUUGGCUUUACAACGAACAGUGCAAAUGAUGAGAAUCAGGACGAUGUGGCUCCACCAUCUCUUCUGAUGGAACAUUUUCCUCUCGCCGUAUUUGUUAAUGGUAAGUGAUUCCACCAUCUUUGUUUUCCCAAUUCUACACAGUUUUCAUCAACCCUGUGUACUUUGAGGCUUCCAUUAAAUCGACACCUGGCUUUCAAAUAAAGUGGAAAAUAAAGAAAAUCGUCUCGGAGAUGAAAGAAUUUCAAUGAAUAUAUCUCCAUUCGUCUCACAUUGUUCUAUUGGAGCUAGAGUUCAUAGCAAUCACCCACUAAGAGACGAAUUCUAUGAUCACUGUUCCCAUUUCUGCCAAUUCAUGUCCAUCAUCUUAUCGAAGUAUUCCAUUUAGUAUCCAGAGAUCUAAUCAUCCCAAAAGCCUUCUCAUGCCGCCCAUCAUAUUGAAUUGCCUUGCCUUCCACAUGGCCAAGAUCUCUUAUGUUGAUACCAAGGAAAGAAAGAAAGUGACUCCACUCGUGUAUGUGAAUAAGAAAAAUUUUCAGCGUCUCAAUAAAAUUCAUUUAGCAAACGAAACAUGGAUACUUUUGAACGAAGCAUUUUACAAAAUAUUGCAUCUUCUUGCAGGUGUUUCCUUAGCCAUGAACGAACUGCGCCCAUGUGCUCCCCUUAGCUUGAAGCAUGUCCUCGCCCAGCAGAUUGUUGGAGGACUCCAAGAAGUCUCUGACGCCUUACUGCAUUACAAUUCAAGUCGGAUUCUGCGGGACAACGAAUCUGCCCUUUUUCUCUCACUCUGUCAAGUGUUCACCGAGGUGAUGAAUGGCCAGUCCUCGUCUCCUUCCACAUCCGCCCAAAGACUGAUUCUCCAAACUGACCUGCUUCAUCUUUUGGGUUUCAGGUGGUUUGUCUGUACUGCGCCACUAGCUUUGGUCGAUGCUAUCCUGGGGGUGCUGCCUUAGUCACAGAACAGAGGGCCCUGUUCGAUGGAGUCAGCCAGCUAUUGGCCGUGUCCCCAGCAAAGGAUCUCAAAAAACACGCCGACAACGUUCAAGAAGAGCAUCCCGCCACCAAAGAAGAUGUGAGUAGUGAUGUUGCUCCAGUCGAGGUCAAGGAAGGGACAGAGACGGGAGGUUGA